AUGUUAGGCAAUAACUUGGCCCACAACGAUGCCAUCCAGCAAGUCCCCGGAUUUCUUCGGCGAAAGCGCAAAGCUGUCAAUUGCGAGGAAUGCCGACGCUCUAAGUUGCGAUGCGAUCGCCAACACCCUUGUGGUGCGUGCAAGCGUCGCAAGCGCGAGUCUAGUUGCUCCUACGAAUCCCUGUCUGGCCCAUCUGUAUCAAGAAAAACUCACAGGCAGCCUGUAACUACUUCGGCGUCAUCUGCCUUGAAUGGUGGGGCAGGAUCUCCGUCUACGCCUAGACGAAAAGGUGUCUUCUCUUCAGCCCUACGACCCGAACAGCCUACAUCAGAAUUAGACAAAUCACCUCCGGGUGUACACUGGGAAACUGUGCUUGAAAGGCCUGUUCCAGAGGAGGAUGUUAAUGACACGCUAUCACCCCUCUCAAUCGGCCCUCGCAUCUCUCUCCACGAAAUGAUUGACUCGCUUCCGCCGAAGUCUUGUUGCGACUAUCUGGUCUCACACUUCUUUAAACAUAUAUCCGCCUUGUUUCCCAUUCUGCAUGGCCCAACUUUUCAGAAACAGUAUACAGCGUUCAUGCAACGGCCUCAUGACGUCGACUUACCUUGGCUGGCUUUGCUUUUCGCGUUAUGUUCUUUGUCUCUGAACACUCUAGAUGAAAGUGACCCCAGGCUAGCGUGCGUCUGGUCUCAACUACCUUCGAGUGUUACCCAAGGUGCAAGCACGGUUCCUGUCACGGUUUCUGUGUCUCGCCGCCUGCUCCGGACUGCAAUAACCUGUCUCCUGCAGGGUGACUUCUUGAUCCGGCACACCUUCAGCACGUUCGAAGCUCUAUUAAUGGUAAUAUACAGCCUUUCUCACAAUGAGUCCGUCGAUCAAGGCUGGGCCCUGCUAGGAAUGGCGCUAAAUAUUGGCAUUGCCUUGCGUUGCAAUGUGGAGCAGAAGAACAUGGGCCCAAUUGAGACCGAAAGACGGCGACGUUGUUGGGCUGGCCUCUUGACAUUGCACACGUAUCAGGGAAUGCUAUUCCGGGACUUCGAUAUGUCAUACCUUCUCAGCAUUGAAGCUCCUCUACCUGCUGAUGUUAACGAUGUCGAUAUCACCAGCGAAGGCAUUGUGCAGCAGUCUUGUAGCGAGCCCACACAAAUGUCUGUCAUGAUGGCUAAGCUUCGGCUGUUCCGGCUUUCCACCCAGAUCUGUCGCCAUACCUCGGGCCCUUCACGUCUCGACCAACAGGCCCUGCGUAAUUUCGAUGCUGCGAUAGCGGACGAGCAAAAACAGUGGGACGCGGCCUAUAUGGUUGAUGGUUCUCCAAACAUUCUGGACUCUAAUCGCUACGCAUAUUGGUGCGUCUUGCAAACGUACGCGCAUCAUCUCUACCUCCUGCUACACCGACCGUUUCACCAUUCCAAGGUGCCUUAUUUUCUUCCAAUGUCCAGAGAAAGAUGUAUAAGUUCCAGCACAGCUUUGAUUUCCCUUCACAGACAACUUUACGAAGCUCCUAUCCUCCGAGAUUAUUUCUGGCUGCUCAGUGGGGUGACAAGUCUGAAAGCAUUACAUGCGGCCGUGGCCCUGAAUUCGUGUCUCCAAGAUGAUACCGAACAUAACUUGGACUCUUUUCGAGGGGAGAUCGAAAGUCUGAUUGCCCGCAUGGCAGAUCUCUCAAGCCGAAGUCAUAUCUGUCUCCGAGCGUAUCGAAUACUCCGCCAUUUACAAGCCCAAGCAGGGACGGGCGAUGCCCCGACAGGGAGCUCGGAGACCCCAUUCGAAAAUUUAUUCGAAGAUUUGACGGAUAUCCGGGACUGGAUGGAUGCAGAUCUGGUCGAUUGGAAUCUGGACGGACAAUUCAACGUCUUUGCGCCAUAA